GACCGAUGGUGGACUUGGCCUCUACACCCGUCGCCUGAACCGUCUCCCUGAUGGUAUGGCUGUGGUGCGGGAGACCCUGCAACGAAAUACCUCCCUGGGCCUCGGAGACGCUGACAGCUGGGAUGACAGCAGCUCCGUUAGCAGCGGCAUCAGCGACACCAUAGACAACCUCAGCACUGAUGACAUCAACACCAGCUCCUCCAUCAGCUCCUACGCCAACACACCUGCCUCCUCCCGCAAAAACCUGGACGCGCAGACCGACGCUGAGAAGCACUCGCAGGUGGAGAGGACUCCCCUGUGGUCUGGUGACGAUGUCAAGAAAUCAGACGGAGGGUCAGACAGCGGCGUAAAGAUGGAGCCAGGUUCCAAGUGGAGGCGGAAUCCUUCUGACGUGUCCGAUGAGUCCGACAAAAGCACGUCGGGCAAGAAGAAUCCCGUCAUCUCCCAGACGGGCUCGUGGCGGCGAGGCAUGACAGCUCAGGUGGGCAUCACCAUGCCGAGGACGAAGCCGUCCGCCCCAGCAGGCGCACUGAAGACCCCGGGAACGGGAAAAACAGACGAUGCAAAGGUGUCUGAGAAAGGAAGGCUUUCUCCCAAAGCCUCUCAGGUGAAGCGCUCCCCAUCAGAUGCAGGCCGCAGCAGUGGCGAUGAAUCCAAAAAGCCCCUCCCUGGCAGUUCGAGGACACCCACUGCCAAUGCCAACAGCUUUGGGUUCAAGAAGCAGAGUGGCUCAGCUGCUGGUCUGGCCAUGAUCACAGCCAGCGGGGCCACUGUCACCAGCAGGUCAGCCACGCUGGGCAAAAUCCCAAAGUCAUCUGCACUCGUCGGUAGGUCUGCUGGUCGGAAGUCAAGCAUGGAUGGGGUUCAGAAUCAGGACGACGGGUAUCUGUCUCUCAGCUCCCGGACAAACCUGCAGUACCGGAGUUUGCCGAGGCCCAGUAAGUCCAACAGCCGGAAUGGGGCUGGGAACAGGUCUAGUACCAGCAGCAUAGAUUCCAACAUCAGCAGCAAGUCAGCAGGCCUGCCGGUGCCUAAGCUGAGGGAGCCUUCCAAGACAGCCCUGGGCAGCUCUCUGCCAGGUCUGGUCAACCAGACAGAUAAGGAGAAAGGCAUCUCAUCGGACAACGAGAGUGUCGCUUCCUGUAACUCAGUGAAAGUGAACCCUGCAGCCCAGCCUGUGUCCAGCCCGGCUCAGGCCACUCUCCAGCCUGGGGCCAAGUACCCAGAUGUGGCCUCUCCCACGCUCCGCAGACUCUUUGGUGGGAAGCCUACCAAGCAAGUGCCCAUCGCCACAGCCGAAAACAUGAAAAACUCGGUGGUCAUCUCCAAUCCUCAUGCCACCAUGACCCAGCAAGGUAACCUAGACUCCCCAUCAGGCAGUGGCGUCCUGAGCAGUGGGAGCAGCAGCCCUCUCUACAGUAAGAACGUGGACCUCAACCAGUCUCCUCUAGCCUCCAGCCCCAGCUCAGCCCACUCGGGGCCCUCCAACAGCCUCACCUGGGGCACCAACGCCAGCAGCUCCUCAGCAGUUAGCAAGGACGGCCUGGGCUUCCAGUCCGUUAGCAGCCUCCACACCAGCUGUGAGUCCAUUGACAUCUCCCUCAGCAGUGGAGGGGGACUGAGCCACAAUUCCUCCACUGGCCUGAUCACCUCUGCUAAGGAUGACUCCCUGACUCCCUUUGUCAGAACCAACAGUGUGAAGACCACACUGUCAGAAAGUGACCCGCACCUUGAUAGGAACACUUUGCCUAAGAAAGGACUCAGGUAUACUCCCACCUCCCAGCUUCGCACGCAAGAAGACGCAAAAGAAUGGUUACGGUCCCACUCAGCAGGAGGCCUGCAGGACACUGCUGCGAAUUCCCCUUUUUCCUCUGGCUCCAGCGUAACUUCUCCCUCUGGAACAAGGUUCAACUUUUCCCAGCUUGCGAGUCCCACCACUGUCACCCAGAUGAGCUUGUCCAACCCGGCCAUGCUGAGGACCCACAGCCUGUCCAAUGCCGAUGGGCAGUAUGAUCCGUACACGGACAGCCGCUUCCGGAAUAGCUCCAUGUCCCUGGAUGAGAAGAGCAGAACCAUGAGCCGUUCGGGCUCGUUCCGGGAUGGGUUUGAAGAAGUUCACGGAUCCUCGCUCUCCCUGGUUUCCAGCACGUCAUCGAUUUAUUCUACACCAGAAGAAAAAUGCCAGUCAGAGAUUCGUAAACUGCGGCGGGAACUAGAUGCCUCCCAGGAGAAGGUUUCAGCUCUGACCACCCAGCUGACAGCAAAUGCUCACCUCGUGGCAGCCUUUGAACAGAGUCUUGGAAACAUGACGAUCAGGCUCCAGAGUUUGACCAUGACAGCUGAGCAGAAGGAUUCAGAACUGAAUGAGUUAAGAAAAACCAUUGAGCUGCUGAAGAAACAGAACGCAGCUGCCCAGGCUGCUAUAAAUGGAGUAAUUAACACACCAGAGCUCAACUGCAAAGGAAACGGCUCCGCCCAGUCUGCAGACCUCCGCAUCCGCCGGCAACACUCUUCCGACAGCGUCUCUAGCAUCAACAGCGCCACCAGCCACUCCAGCGUGGGCAGCAACAUAGAGAGUGACUCAAAGAAAAAGAAGAGGAAGAACUGGUUACGCAGCUCCUUCAAGCAAGCUUUCGGGAAGAAGAAGUCCCCCAAGUCGGCAUCCUCUCAUUCAGACAUCGAGGAGAUGACGGAUUCCUCUCUGCCUUCCUCGCCGAAGUUACCGCACAACGGGUCCACGGGCUCCACUCCGCUGCUGAGGAAUUCUCACUCCAACUCUCUGAUCUCGGAGUGCAUGGACAGCGAAGCCGAGACAGUCAUGCAGCUCCGAAAUGAGCUGAGAGACAAGGAGAUGAAGCUGACAGACAUCCGCCUAGAAGCCCUCAGCUCUGCCCACCAGCUCGACCAGCUCCGGGAGGCCAUGAACAGGAUGCAGAGUGAAAUAGAGAAGCUGAAAGCUGAGAAUGACCGGCUGAAGUCGGAGUCUCAAGGCAGUGGCUGCAGCCGGGCCCCCUCCCAGGUGUCUAUCUCUGCCUCCCCGAGGCAGUCCAUGGGCCUCUCCCAGCACAGCCUGAACCUCACUGAGUCAACCAGCCUGGACAUGUUGCUGGAUGACACUGGUGAAUGCUCGGCUCGGAAGGAAGGAGGCAGGCAUGUUAAGAUAGUUGUCAGCUUUCAGGAGGAAAUGAAGUGGAAGGAGGAUUCCAGGCCACACGUCUUUCUCAUUGGCUGCAUUGGAGUUAGUGGCAAGACGAAGUGGGAUGUGCUCGAUGGGGUGGUUAGACGGCUAUUCAAAGAAUACAUUAUUCACGUCGACCCGGUGAGUCAGCUAGGGCUGAAUUCAGAUAGCGUUCUCGGCUACAGCAUCGGGGAAAUCAGGCGCAGCAACACUUCUGAAACCCCCGAGCUGCUUCCCUGUGGCUAUCUGGUUGGAGAGAACACAACCAUCUCCGUGACUGUCAAAGGGCUCGCGGAGAAUAGCCUGGACUCGCUGGUGUUCGAGUCCUUGAUCCCAAAGCCUAUCCUGCAGCGCUACGUCUCCCUGCUGGUGGAGCACCGGCGGAUCAUUCUCUCCGGCCCCAGCGGCACCGGGAAAACCUACCUGGCAAACCGACUGUCAGAGUACAUGGUGCUUCGAGAGGGACGGGAGUUGACGGACGGGGUCAUCGCCACUUUUAACGUGGACCAUAAGUCCAGCAAGGAACUGCGCCAGUACCUGUCCAACCUGGCCGAUCAGUGCAACAGUGAGAACAACGCUGUGGACAUGCCCCUGGUCAUCAUCUUGGACAACCUGCACCACGUCAGCUCUCUGGGCGAGAUCUUCAAUGGGCUGCUCAACUGCAAGUACCAUAAAUGCCCUUACAUAAUCGGCACAAUGAACCAGGCUACCUCUUCUACCCCCAACCUGCAGCUUCAUCAUAACUUCAGGUGGGUGCUUUGUGCCAACCACACGGAGCCCGUGAAGGGUUUCCUGGGCCGAUUCCUGAGGAGGAAGCUCAUGGAAACGGAGAUCAGCGGGCGGGUGCGCAAUGUGGAGCUCGUGAAAAUCAUCGAGUGGAUUCCCAAGGUCUGGCAUCACCUCAACCGCUUCCUGGAGGCUCACAGCUCCUCGGACGUCACCAUCGGCCCUCGGCUCUUCCUGUCAUGCCCCAUCGACGUGGAUGGCUCGAGAGUGUGGUUCACUGACUUGUGGAACUACUCCAUUAUCCCCUAUCUCCUAGAAGCUGUGAGAGAAGGACUCCAGCUCUAUGGAAGGCGCACCCCCUGGGAGGAUCCUGCCAAGUGGGUGAUGGACACCUAUCCAUGGGCAGCCAGCCCACAGCAGCACGAGUGGCCUCCCCUACUGCAGCUACGGCCUGAGGACGUCGGCUUCGAUGGCUACUCCAUGCCUCGGGAGGGGUCGACAAGCAAGCAGGUGCCCCCCAGUGACGCUGAAGGAGACCCGCUGAUGAACAUGUUGAUGAGACUGCAGGAGGCGGCCAACUACUCCAGCCCCCAGAGCUACGACAGCGACUCCAACAGUAACAGCCAUCACGACGACAUCCUGGAUUCGUCCUUGGAGUCCACUCUGUGACAGGGGCCCAGCCAUGGAGGCUGCCCCCUCCUUUCCUCCCUGCCCCCUCCACCUGCAUCCUCCACGUCACCCCGAAGAUGACUUCCUGAGCCAGCCCCCGGCCGCAGCCUUAGCGCUGCAGGAAUACCAAGACCCCUCGUCCUCCAGCCUCGACCUGGGUGCAGGCAUCCCGGGCCAGCCGCCUGGGGACCACUUCCCCACAGUGAGAACUGCACUACCUUCUGUUUUACUUUAAUUAUUGUUUUUGCCUUGUUGCUGUGACCUCCCUAAGACACUGAAGAUACUUCUCGGGAAAGGAUCAUCACCGUUGAAACGAAAAGAAAAAAAAAAUAGAACCCACAGGAAGCUCUGAAACCAAACAGCAUCCUGCCACGAGCUGCCCAGAGACAGAAGAGACUGGAGCAACGUUGGAAACGUAGACAGCACGGCUUCCCCUCACACAGACCCCCAGCCCGGCUAUCCCAGCCACGCCGACCCACCCUCGCGGCCACAGAGGGAACUGGUGCUAACUACGGCGCUGGCUUUGGUCCUACUCAGCACACUACAGAGCUACGACACAGGGAAACCUUAGGAGAAAAUAAAUCGUGCUUUAUUGUUUUUUUAUAUGGUGCUCUCCUUACCCGAGAGGUACUUUGCCUGUACUAAUUCGAGCACCCCGUCAGGUCCAUCAGCCCCCGGUGAAUCCAUGAGAGUGAGUGAAGGAGUGAGAAUGUGAGCGUGUGGAUGUGGCCAUAAAUGCAGAACAGCAUGUAUCUCUUUCCUUAUUAUAUAUAAAUGAAUCAGGUUUUUUUUCUGCAAACACUGUGUAUAGUGAGAAUUGUUCUACUUUGGAGAACUGAUUAUCCCUUUAAAAUGAGGUUGAGUUUCUCCCUUUCUGAUGCAUUGAUAUUUUUUUUGGAAGAUUUUUCUCCUUCCACUCUCGGUCAGAAUCAAUCCUUUGGUGAAAGUGAGAACCGCAGGAGUUGAGUUUUGGUUUGGUCCUGCUCCGUUUUGUUUUUCGUUGUCCAUCCUCACAGUCCUACGCACUCGCCUCCUACUGCUGGGGCUGGGGGCAUUCGUGUCCUUCACAAGGGGUGAGGACCCGGUCCUCGACAUGUGGGUGAGCCAUGGACCUUGCCUUUCCUCCUCGUCCUUGAGGGUCGAGCAGACACGCCAACCCCUCAGGCAUCCCAGCCCCAACUCCAGGUGGGGUGAUGAGGUCACCUCACGACAGACUUGCACUUUCCUCAGAACCAACGUGACGCAGCUCAGCAGGGGUGGGGUGGCUGCUCCCCCCACCCCAGAAGCCCCGUCUGGACGAGCCUUGCCUGACCUCUUCGGUGCUGACCUUCCCAAAGUGAUGCCUUACUGGUUUUGUACUAACCGUGUUCAUGUACAUGAGUGUCGUGCCUGCCUGAGGUUAGUUUUUCUUUUUUCUUUUUUUUGUUUUCCCCAUCGAAACAAACAGGGCUAAAAAGUCAUCUACUCAUCAGCAGAACUCAAGUUGCUGUGACUUUUCUCAUCCAAGAGACUCAUCUGUGUUGGGUGCGUGACCAUGGGAAAAAGAAAAAGACAAAAAAUAAAAUAAAAAUCCAUUUUUAGGUUCUUAACAGUCUCCAAGUAACACCCUGACUGGACGAUGAUCUUUCUCCUGCAGGAAAAGGCAAAAGUUCCUACUAGCCUACACAACAUUGCUGGUACUUGCCCUAAUAGAAACCCAGUCUGCUGUGCUUUCAACAUACUGGCAUUUUCUUUAAAAGUAUGAUAAAUCUUUGAGUUGUUCAUUUCUGUUGUAUAAAGAGAAUCUUUAUUGGACCCCAGUGAGGGCGUCUCUGUUUUUUCAGGGUUUUUAUGCCAUCUUUUGCAUUUCUAUUUCUGAAGGUUUGUCUCUUGGCUUUUUUUUUUCUUGUUUUCUUACCAUAAGAGCUUGACCCGAAACUGCUCACUUCACAUUGGAUGACACCAUGUUCUUCCUCUUUGAAAGGAAGAGGGAGCUGUGUCCCCUAACUGGUGAAUGGAAAACCUUUCAACACUAUCCCUGCUUUCAUCUCAGUAAACUCAGACUAUUCUGCUUAGCCUUCGUUAGUCAUCUGGGUGUGAGUGUGUCUUGUUCUGUUUUUGUUUUCAAUAAAAGUUUUAAACCAUAUAUUUAACCUGUGACCAGGGGGCCAAGCCCUGAGACUUCUGAGAAACCUGAAGGGUGGCCCUUGUCAAUCUGUCUCCCAGCAAUGACCUUACACUCUAGUACUGUGAAUUUGAGAGGAGGUGAAAUCCACUCCUUCUCGUGGGCAGUUUUCCCAGUCAUCUUGUGAGUAGACACCUGCCAACAUCGUUUGAAACCUUUUGUAUUUUUUCCGUGACAUCCUCUCUUGUCCCCUCUUCCACAGACUUCCCUCCCACUGGGUCCAGGCUCAGAACCAAGACCUCAGUACCUGGUGCAGCCCGAUUGGUGAACAGUGAUUUCAAGUAGCGUAGCCCUUGUAUGACUCACAACUCAGUGUCCUUCCUAAAGUUUCGGGAAGCAGGGUUGUCUAAUAUGCACAUUUCUUAUUUUGGUCAUAUUUUUACGUUAGUGUCACUCACAUUUGACAAAGUGACUUUGUACUCAUUUAGCGCUUUGUCCGAAAUGCUUCCAUUUUGCCUUUUUCUACAGUUCGGCUAAUUUUGAAAUGUAUGAAAUUCUAUGCAACAUUUAUGUUGAGUUAACAAUGGAAGCCAAAAGUUUUCUUCCCAAACUGCCAAGAAUUAUCCAGGCCAUAAAUGAGAUGGGAAUACCUUUUAAUUUAAGGUUGGUUGGGGGUGGGGUGGGACAAAGAACAAGACUUGCCUAGACCUUUGUUGUACCUUGGGGACAUUUUAUUUUAUUGCUUGAUUCUUAAACUUCAAAAUUCUGUGUAUUCAAAUUUGUGGCGAUUCUACUUCAAAAGGAAAAAAUAAUCCAACUUUGUGGAUAUUCCAUGGAAGGUUUGCUGUUUUGAUCUAGUUGUUUCCAGUGGAGCGGUUUAUGAAAUAUGUUCUAUAAGAUGUACAUUUUUCAUUGUAACAUAGAAAUUGUAAAUAAUUGAUUAAAGUGCUGCAUUUUGAUGAAUUUUUUCUAGCCAUUUUUAAAGAGAAAACUAGGAAUCGAGUAUUUUGUGUACGGUAUGUUUCCAUCCUCCCUCCCCGUCCUCCUUCCCACCCUCCCUAUUUAAUUUUCAUUUGUCAUGAGGUUUUUGGAUUUGCCAAUGAUCUGCUGGACAUCAUGCCCCAUGUCAUAGAGAAUAAAGCUGAUGAUUGUACCAGUCUUAAAUUAUUCAUGAUUCAAUAAAAUUGAUGCUUAUUUAUUC